AUCUCCGUGAUGUCCGUUUUUAGGCCCAAGCAGUACUACUACAGGACAUGCCAGGAAAGAAAGAUAAGUACCUGCGUGACCAUUGUACAAGAACCGUUGUGUUGGAAGAGUACAAGACAGCUUAAAAUCCGUCCAAUCCUACCUACCACAGUACAACCGUUCGCGGAGCCAGGCACAAGACUCUGCCCCCUGAGCAUUGAGUGAAAGGGAGAGAGACAAGCAUCAAUACUACCACCUAUAUAGCAAAUCUCUACUCUCGGCUGGAAACCAAAAGGCCCUUACCCAUACCCUGCUGGACGGCUUACAACGAUAUCAAAUACUAGUAUCAACCAUGGCACCCAACAACAAAAAGUACAGGACCAAACUCGCCAACGCCUCGGUCCUGGUGAUCGGCGGCACAUCCGGAAUCGGCUACGGCGUCGCAGAAGCCCUGAUCGAGAACGACGUGGCGAACCUGUACAUCUCGUCAUCGCGACAGAGCCGAAUCGACGACGCCGUCUCGCGCCUCAAAAAUACAUACGCAGACGCUACCGCCACAACGAACAUCGUCGGCCUACCCGCCGUGGACCUCGCCGACGAAGCGAGCCUGGAAUCCAACAUCAAGGCCCUCUUCGAGGCCAUCCCGUCGGGCACGGAACUAAACCACAUCGUCUUUACGGCGGGCGACUCCUUGGGCAUCAAGCCGCUCGACGACGUCGACAUGGCGUUUUUCAAGCAGUGCGGCAUGGUCCGGUUUUUCGCGCCCUUCUUCGUCGCCAAGUACGGCAGUCACCGUCUCACCCCAGGUGUUGGCAGCAGCAUCACGCUCACGACGGGCGGGGUCAGCGAGAAACCCAUGCCCAACUGGACCGCCAUCGCGCCCUGGAUGACGGGCCUGCACGGCAUGUGUCGCGGCCUGGCGCUCGAGUUGAAGCCCAUACGCGUGAACCUGGUCAGUCCCGGCGCCGUCGCGACGGAGUUGUGGGACGCGAGUUUCACGGACCCCGAAGCCAAACAGGCUGCCUUCGACAGGUUUGGGAAGAAGAUGGCCACGGGCGCCGUCGGGCGUGUCGAGGACGUCGCGGAAACGUACCUUUAUGCUAUGAAGGAUAAGAAUGUCACGGGCACGGUGCUUCGGUCCGAUGGUGGGUCGUUCUUGUUGUGAAAAGUGAAGUGGUCAGCGGGUGGCCUUGUGCGUGAAGGAGCCCAUUAAGAAGGACGGAUGGUGGUACAUGGUAGAAGAUGGCCUUUUGAGGAAAAUAGGUGCCAGAAAAUGAGAAAAAUCUCCAGGCUUUUCUUUGCUAGAAACAAACC